GGUCAUCAGCUAUGAGUGCUGUCCAGGGUACGAGAAGAUCCCCGGGGAGAAGGGCUGCCCUGCAGCGCUGCCCCCUGGUGAACAUCUACAACACGUUGGGGGUGGUGGGGGCCUCCACCACUCAGAUGUACUCUGAGCGCGCUGAGCUGAGGCCGGAGAUCGAGGGUCCGGGGAGCUUCACCUUCUUCGCCCCGAGCAACGAGGCCUGGGCCGCUCUGCCUACUGAGCUCCUGGACGCUCUGGUCAGUAACGUGAACAUCGAGCUCCUGAACGCGCUGCAUUACCACAUGGUGGACCGGAGGCUAACCUCAGAGGAGCUGAAGCACGGAGCCUCGUUCCCCUCCAUGUACCAGGACCUGCACGUCCACAUCCACCACUACAGCAACGGGGUGGUGACAGUGAACUGUGCCCGGCUCAUUAAACCUGACCAGCACGCGACCAAUGGGAUCGUUCACGUUGUGGACCGCGUCAUCACCGCCAUCUCCAACACCAUCAACACUCUGCUGGAGGUGGACGAUGACCUGGAGACACUGCGGACGGCGAUGGCGGCGGCGGGGCUCAGCACCAUGCUGGAGGGGGAGGGGCAGUACACCGUGUUCGCUCCGACCAACGAGGCCUUCGACAAGAUCCCCAAGGAGACCCUGAACCGCAUCCUGGGAGACCCUGUGGCUCUGAGAGACCUGCUGAACUACCACAUCCUGAAGCACAUGCAGUGCGCCGAGUCCAUCGUGUCCGGGACCCCCAUGGAGACCCUGCAGGGCUCCGUGCUGGAGGUGGGCUGCGAGGGGGACCAGAUGACCCUCAACGGGAGGGCCGUGGUCACCAAGAGGGACCAGAUGGGGACCAAUGGGGUGGUCCACUACAUCAGUGAGCUGCUGAUACCCGACUCAGCUAAAGUCCUGCUGGAGCUGGCUGAGGGCUCGGCUGUUGCCACGGCGACCCAGCUGUUUGUGGAGGCGGGUCUGACCCCCCACCUGACAGGAUCUGAACCCCUCACCAUGCUGGCCCCGCUGGACGCCGCCUUCACAGGAAGUGACACGACGAUGACGCCCGACAUGAGGACGCUGAUGACCAAUCACCUGCUGAGGACGCAGCUGUCCUCAAAGUCUCUGUACCACGGGCAGGAGCUGGAGACGCUGGGGGGCGUCAAGCUGAGGGUGUUCGUCUACAGAAAUAACCUGUGCAUUGAGAACGCCUGCAUCGCGGCUCAUGAUAAGAUGGGACGCUACGCCACCAUGUUCACCGUGGGCAAAGUCCUCACCCCCCCCAUGGGCACCGUCAUGGACGUCCUGAAGGCCGACGACCGCUUCAGCGUGCUGGUGGGCGCUGUGCAGACUGCCGGGUUGACGGAGCUGCUGAACCAGCAGGGGGCGCUCACUUUCUUCGCCCCGACCAACGAGGCAUUCGGCGCCCUGCCUCCCCCCGACCGCAGCCGGCUGCUUCGUGACCCUCAGCAGCUGUCCUCGGUGCUUCGUCUCCACCUGGGUGAGGGUCUCCUGGUCAGCGGGGGGGUCAGCUCUCACACCAGAGUGAAGCCUCUGCAGGGGGAGCGGCUGGAGCUGGGCGUGAGGAACUACACGGUGUACGUGAACAGAGUGCCCGUGGCGGCGGCUGAUCUCAUGGCGACUAACGGAGUCGUCCACGCUGUCAACACCAUCAUCAAACCUAUGCCUCCUAAGGUGGACAGAGAGCAGAGUGACGGUCCUGCAGAUCCCUCCUCCUCCAGGGGUGACUCCAGGAGCUUCAGGAACGACGAUUUGUUCCGGAAGGUUCUGAGCAGCCACUCAAGCAGAGCCAUGAAGCAGUAACAGGAAGUGACACGCCCCCUGCGGAGGACACACCCCCUGCAGAGGACAUGUCCCCUGUUGAGGCCACGCCCCCUGCAGAGGACACACCCCCUGCUGAGGUCACAUGAUCUCAAACAGCUGUUCUCUCCUCACAUUCUUCAGUUUGCUGUUAUUACAUAUUUUCAAUCAUUUUCACAUUUCACUGAUAUUUUUUUUAAACAUUUUUCAUAUAAAUGUUCAGUUUUAUUUACAUCUUUUAUUGGUUUACAUUUUGCACAUUUCUCAGCAGGAAGUAAAGGUCUGCUGAAAGGCAUUCUGGGAGAUGUAGUGAAAGAGGCCUCAGAGGAGAAAUGUCUUUAUUUGUUUUAUCGACUCAUGUUUGAAGUUCAUUUUCAAAUCAAACUGAAUGUGUUUUUAAAUAAAAACUUUAAAAUGA